AUGCGUCUGCGCCAUUUGGCGGCCCGAUGUUACUUGACACGUGAACGCAUCACCAUCAGCUUGUAUCGUCGCGGCAACGACUGCCGUACAAGGGGGGCCCCAUCUCCCGCCCACACACAUACACACACAGUCAACUCCCCUCCCCUUUCGCUUUUUCCGAGCUCCGCGCUCAUGCGACGGAUUGGCGUGGCAACAUGUCAGCGACGGUGGCUUGCCUCGGCACUGCUGCCCCGCGCCGGGAAGUGCGGAGCGCCAUGGUCAGGGGAUAGCUCCGUUCUCGAUACCGCGGCGUCUCUCACAACCGCGGUCCGCGAAGUGCGCUCCACAGCGGUCUGCUGCGCCCCAAAGGAUGCGCAGUAUCAGUGCGGCGGGUGCGGCAAAACGUUCCGCCUCGUCAACGCCCUCAACCACCACAUCAUGACCCGCCACGGUAACAACGCCAAGGCGCUCAUGAAGAAGGACGGCAAGCUGGUCCCUGUGGAGACGGACCAGCUCAAGGGUGGGGUGCAUUGUGGGUCCUCCUCAUCGUCCACAGCAACGGCGAGCUCCGCAACUCUGGCCGGGGCCGCCGCUGCGGCGUCUUCCUCUCCACUGUCCGGCGGCGCCACCUCACCGUUUCCGGCGCACUUCGCCGCCCCAUUCGGCGCCGCCGCCGCAUCCAUGGGCGGGGUGGCGCCGUCUUUCACUCCACCAGGCACCGCUCCAGGGGUGCUGCAGGCCCCCGCCGCGGCUGGCGGAACCACUGCAAGCCAUGGCGAUAACGGAAACGGCGCCGUCGGGGCCGCUGAGGAGACCGAGAAGCGCAUGUUCGUCUGCACGGUGUGCCAGAAAACGUUCCGGCUGGAGGCGGCGCUACAGCACCACUAUCAGGCGAAGCACAACAUGGAUAUGCCAACCUCCGCCUCGUCUCCGUCUUCUCUCGGCGGCGCGAGUACGGCACCAGGGACUGGCGGCGCCUCCGCGUCCACUCCAGGAGAGCCUGGUGCCAAUGGUGGUGGUAGCGCUGGGGCGUUUGGUGGCGUGCCUGGCGGAUGUGCAGAGGGUACCGCAGCUCCUGCGAACGCUUCUAGCUUGGGCGCUGCGCAGUAUGUGCGACAGCAGGAGGGGGCGCUGCCUGACGCCCCGCAGUACCACCUUGACGUGGCCCCGAACGCGCCGGAAGAGGGCGACAUUGCCGCGCACUGGCGCUGUGUGAACAUGUGUGUGCUGAUGGGCGACGUGCAGGAGGUGGAGGAGGGGUACGUCUUUGAGGAUCAUGUGCUGCAGUUCACCGUGGCGACCGAGUUUGCUACCCCGGCUCCUGGCGACCCUGACAUGGACUUCCACACGGUGCGCGUGUACGGGCACGAGUUUUGGGCCCCGCUGAAGGCGGACGUGCAGUGUGGCGGCCGCUUUCUCGUCACGGGACGACUGUGUAUGGUGCCGCAGUUUGAUACGCAGCUGAAGAAGUACUACCACUAUCCAGUGAUCCAGGUCUUUCCCGGGUCUGGUAACGUGGUGCGUGUUUGA